UGCUCUCUGAAUCACUAGCGCUGUUCCUGCGCUCACAGUCACACACUACAAGCUUUCCAUAGUUACCAAGAGAUUUUUUAGAUUGAACGUAAUUGAGUAGGCUAUGAAAUUACAAAACUGGUUCAUUUUUUUUUACAACUCAGGGUAAAGGGGGAGUUUUCCCAUUUAAGAGUGGUUCCGCUUUACCUCCGUGUUUUCAACGAGCUUUUAUUUCCUUCAUAUCUGAUCGCCCAUCAGUGUAAUGAUCUGGCUUUUUGCUCGUGUCGUUUCCACUUCAGCAUGGGAACUGCAGUGUCCAAAAGGAAGACUUUAAGGAACGAUGCAAUAUCUUCUGUGACCGCAAAAGUUAGAGCAGCCAGAGCUUUUGGAGAUUAUCUGUCUCACACACACCCUGAGAACCGUGCCGGCUCAGAUCACCUGCUGUCUGAUACCUUUAUCGGCCAAGACACAGACUCCCCUGACCUCAGUCGUCUCCACAACAACCUGCACCCUCAGAAUCAGCCCCAGGCCCACAGUCUCCAGUCACAGCCCAGCACCCUGCAUCCCCAGUCCAGCUGUCUCCAUCCCCAGCCCAGCACCCUGCAUCCCCAGUCCAGCUGUCUCCAUCCCCAGCCCAGCACCCUGCAGCCAGAUAGUUUGCAGUCCACAGGACCGUCCAAGCGCAGGCUCUCAGCAGGGCGCAGCUUCUCCUUUGAGCAGCAGCCUCCUCCCAGGUCCACUGAGGGAAGUCUGACGGGCCUGAAGCCAGCUGCCCAGCGGGUCUACACCAUCACCAGGGAGGGAGGCAUGCUAGGGGGCCAAGGCAGCGAGGAGAGCCUGGAGCUGGAGGUGCUGAAGCAGCCCCUGUCCCCUCCUCCCUCCUCCAACCAGCCCUCGUACUCCAAUCCACAACCACCAGGCAGCAAAUACCAACACGGCGGCGGUGGUGGUGGCAACCAUCACCGUGGCAACCAUAACCAUGGCCCACAGAACCACAGGUCCCAGUCCCAGCCCCUGCAGAGCUCGGGGAGCGCCCAUAACAUCCGGGACUGGGGGGUGCGGAGGGGGGGCUCGCGGGAGGACUGCACCCCAGAGUCUGUGACCUGCAUCAGGGCCCCAUGUCAGAGCCAGCGCUCCCUGGAUCUGGAGACGUCCCAGCAAGACGGAGGCAAACAAAGGAAGAAGCUGGAGAGGAUGUACAGCGAAGACCGAGACAGAGACAGACAAGGCUCUGCUGAGGAGAGAGAGGACAACCCUAAUAGCUGGUUCCCCAAAGAGAAUAUGUUCAGCUUCCAGACGGCAACCACAACAAUGCAGGCUAUAUCGAACUUCCGGAAGCACCUGAGAAUGGUGGGCAGCCGCAGAAUGAAGGCUCAGACAUAUGCCGACCGCCGAGCCAAGAGUUUCAACCGCUCCUGGAGUGACCCCACCCCUAUGAAGCCAGACUCUCUCCAUGGCUCCAGAGACAAUGGGGACCUGCAGUCCUCGUCAGGGGCUCUAGAUGAAGGGUCACAGGAGGAUGCGGACUGGGAGGAGGAGAGAGAACUGGAGAGAGCAGCCUGCGAGGGAGAUGACUUCACCCCCCCCAAAAUCAUACUGAUAUCCUCUAAGGUCCCGAAGGCUGAAUAUGUCCCUAACAUCAUCCGUCGGGACGACCCCUCGGUCAUCCCCAUCCUUUAUGAUCAUGAACAUGCCACAUUCGAUGACAUCAUUGAGGAGAUAGAGAAGAAGCUGACGGCCUACAGGAAAGGCUGUAAGAUCUGGAACAUGCUCAUCUUCUGUCAGGGAGGUCCGGGGCAUCUGUACCUGCUCAAGAACAAAGUGGCCACGUUUGCCAAGGUGGAGAAGGAGGAGGACAUGAUCCAGUUCUGGAAGAAGUUGAGUCGGUUCAUGAGCAAACUAAACCCUGAGGCCAACCUCAUUCACAUAAUGGGCUGCUAUGUUCUGGGGAGUGCCAAUGGAGAAAAACUAAUCCAGAAUCUGAAGCAGCUAAUGAGACCUCAUGCCAUCGAAUUCAAGUCCCCACUAGAGCUGUCUGCGCAGGGCAAGGAGAUGAUCGAGAUGUACUUUGACUUCCGUCUCUUCCGCCUGUGGAAAACCCGCCAGCACUCCAAGCUGCUUGACUAUGACAACCUUUUGUGACUUUGCUCACCUUUCACCUUUGUCAGCCUACUGGCUGUGUAUCUCAUCACCGAUAGCCUACAGUGACGGCUUUCCUUGAGAGGUCCUGGACGGGAGCGCUCUGUAGAAGAGGUGCAACAGGAAGACGGGGUUCAGGUGGUUUUACUCACCGAGGAGGCUUCAAUCCUCAGCUCUCGGAUGAAUUGAAGGCACUAAGUGAAUUCCAGUAGCAGCUACUGUCAAGAGGUGAACUGUAUAUUUCCCCCCCAUCCAUUUUCACCGUCUCAACUAAUGCCUCUACUGAGAGAGAACCAGAGAGUGAAGGUAGAAGAGUGGAUAGAUCAUCCUUUAGUCUCAAGAGACACAUAGAGUUAGAUUUUAUGCUCAGGAGCCCAGAAAGUCUUCUUGGAAAGAGAGAGAGAGAGAGAGUGAGAUGCAGUACCUGCAGGGAAAAUAAAGACUCUUUGUGAAAGGGGAGAAGAGAUGGCGACAGAUUUCCUCCUUUGUCUACCUGUCAGCUGUGUGAACUCAGAUUAAAGCUAUUUUUUCCGGAAGUACGUAGAUCUCCCUAAGGAGCUAAAUGUAUUUAUAAAGUGCUUUGGUGGUUUUCUGAGCUUUAGAGAAUAGAUUUCCGUUAUCUAUACAUGUACCACAAAUAGAAAAGAUAGUACUAAAUUAGUCUUACCAAUAAUUCAAAGUAUCUAUAUAUCGUAUAAAACAGCAUUUAUUUUGAACUUAUUGUGUUCGUAUUUCUUAUGAACUGUUUGUCUUGAAUAACUCAGGGUUACUGCUAUCCCUCGUAUGAUAAUUACCGUCACCUCAUGUACCGUCAUAACGUAACGGAAUAGGACGGAGAUGUCUGUCGACUAGUUCCGAUCCUCUCCGCUCAGUGGUUGUCAGGGAAACCAUUUCUGUGUCUCUGAGCACCUGUGCGUGUUUGUGUGUGAACAAGGCAGUUUUUGGGGGGGGAUUCUUCAUACACUUUGGUCAAUUGUAGCUUAUUGCUCAUUACGCAUGCAACAGUGACACCGUACCAGAGCCCUUCCACGUUUAUGUUUUACCCUGCUGAACUACGGACACAGACGUUUCUUUCUUGUAGUGUUCAGUUCACUCCCAGGGAAUGAUACCCUGAUGCUGUGAGCGCUCUGUCUUACUGUGUGUGUCUGCAUUGCAUUGCUAACUGUGCAUCACUUAAUACUGCCAUGAGGUUUAUGGAACGUGGACUAGGCCUAGAUGAAUUGUGUCACACUGCUUAUGGUCAUCUCCCUCACUGUAUAUCUACAGUAUAUUUACUUCUAUUUAACUAGUAUUGCUGCUAGUUAGUCUAGUUACUCUCUGCACUGCCUGUGUUUUUCUUCGUUCUUAUUCGAACCAAAAUCUCAGUAUUCUUGUCAUGUCAUUCUUAUGGCAUUUACUUUCUGUGUAUUGUGCUAUUGACUUUUAACAAAUGGGCUUUCUGUCUUGCCCAUGUGAUAUUGUGCAACACUCAGUAGUGGUACGGUACACCUCAAACACACGCGGAGCAGUUCUGUGAAGGAGCGGGUCAUGAUAUUGAGAUUAGUUUCCAACUUUUGCUCGUGCUCCAAAAUGGCAAAAUAACAUCAUUUACGGAUGCUCUUCGCAUUCCCUCCUUAAACUGUUCCACCAGAGCUAAUAAGUUAACGUGUGUGUAGCUCCUCGGCGCGUGUGUGUGGGUGGUUUGUGUGUUUCUCAGAAUCCUAGCCUGAUGGGGCACUGCAGGGGUACUGAACUGUGAGGAGUCUUCAUUAUCAGUAUUCUCUCUUAGCUGGGGGGGAGUGGGAUGAUAAUACACAUCUUUAUGCAUCCAUGUGGACAUACUCACCACAGAGAGACAAAAGAGAGAGGCCAUUUUCUUUAUAUUCUUUAAGAUUUGCUAUUAUUCAGCAACGUUGGUACAGAGGGCACACGUCUAACAAUUCUUUGUUGACCUUCCUAGAAUGAGGCAGGCACUCCAUGUAUUUUACUCACUUGUAGUUUUUUCUACAUUGAACUCUUUCUCACUAACAUACGAGUAUUACUGUACAUGCGUUAUAUUGAUGUGCAAUCAACAUUCAGUUUGUGCCACAUGGGUAUUGUAUCUCUCCCCCACUCCUCUGUUUAAUGUGUACCUUUAAAAAACUGUUAACCAAGGAUACAAACCCUCUAUCCUGUAGCAAUAGACUUUGUAACAUUUCCUACACUGUUAUUAGAAAAUAUGCAUUUGCCUUGUUUUGGUCCCAAUGCACAGCAAUCUCCAACAUUACUGACAUUGAUACGGAAGCAGAGACAGAGGGAGAGAGCACGAGAGAAAAGAGAGAGAGUGAGAGAGAAAGAAAGAGCACGACUGUACACGUUGAUAUGUGAGGUUCAGUGUUUAUAGCAGAUGAGGAUGUGUGUAUCUUGCUACUCAGAAAGUAGCCUGCUGUAUGUGUGGUCUUGGACAUCCCACAGUUACUGGCCUUCAACUUCCUCUUCUCAGAGCCUCACUGCUGCCUGUCUCAAAAGUUAACCCCGGGAGGGAUUAGGGCCUAGAUUUAAUGCGUAAGAUCUGCGCAAUAGCACAAUUUUAAAUUUAAAAGACAAUGUUCCUGUGUUCCUGACUACAUUCACGGUGCACACUGCAUAUGUCCCGCUCGAUCGGGAAUUGCCCAACUCUUCCUCGAUAUGGAUUGAAUCUAGCCCUAGGUGUUGGAGCACAAAGACAUUAAUUGUUACUGUAUUAAAAUACAUCAAAUUGGCCAUAUCUAUCUGUCUUUGCGUGGCCUGUUUUAAUGCAAAUUAGCUCGAAAAACAGAAAUGGAAAAACAGUGAAUUAAGUGAAGUGAAUGAAUUGAGCACAGUGAAAUACAGUGAAUUCAAAAAUGUUGUAUGAAUCAUUGAUGUAUGGUUCUGCUUUAAAAUAUGUUUAUGACCCAGGGGAUAGGCCAGUGGACAGAGAACCAUCCUUUAAAUACCAUGGAUAUAGGAAUAUUUAUUAUCUGGUAUUUGAGGAUGAUUUCAAACCAUUGUGCCAGCAGAUGAGGAAGUGGUGGAGCAAAUGUAGUGCACUAUAUAGGGAAUAGGAUGCAAUUUGGGAUGCAUACUUAAGAAGAGUAAUAUACGAGGGCUAUGGCAAUCUUUCUUGGAUAGUUGACAAGCAUGGAUAGACAUUAAAACUAUGAGAUUGCAAAAGAGAGACGUGUAAAUGAGAAGUUGGUCCGGCCCAUAUUUAGAUGAGCGCUAGGGGCUUUGUCCCAAAUAGCUCCCUAUUUCCUAUUUAGUGCACUACUAUUGACCAGGACUCUGCUCAAAAGUAGUGCACUUUCUAUAGUGAAUGCAGUGACUGUAAUGUAUUAUACUAAAGCCAGAAUCAGCGAAGCGAGCGCUGACUGCUCGUCGUGGUUUGACUUAUCAUCCUGGCCAACGAAGCAGCCAUUUCCAUUUCUGUGAGUAGAAAUAUAAUUGCACAAACCAAGACAUCCAUCUCACACUCUCUAUUAAUUCAAACCUUCUGUCGUCACCAAUGAGUAAAUAAGACAUUUCCAUGAACUUUCAUCCUAUUUCUAAUGUAUGAGUUUCUCCCUCAUUUACUGCGUCUACUUUUUAUCAAGAUAUAUUGUAUGCCUCCCAAAUGACACCAUGUUCCCUGUAUAUAGCACUACGUUUGACCAGAACCCUAUGGGGAAAGGGUGGAAUAUGGGACUCAGCCAUUGCCUAGUUCUCUGCUCUGUAUGCUCUGUGUUGGGGAUGCUGAUUGAGUUAUGAUGAUUGAUUGAUGCAGCUCUAAUUGCUCUGACGCCUCAUGUUGGGAAGUGAUUGUAUUUUGGGACGAGGGGGAGCGCACACAGAUCUCAUAUUGUGUAACCUCGGUCUUAACUUUUCACAAAGUCAUGUCUGGACCAGGGCGUUGCAUUUUCAGUAGAUUUCUUUAGGUAGAUUUACAUAGCAUACUACAAUAGAAAGGGAGAUUUUAGAAGUGACGGCUAUCACUAAUGUAAUUCUUUAGUCAGGUUGAAUAUCCAAAUGUCUUGAUAAAAGUAUUGUUUAAAAUGCUAAUUAUGAUAGUGAUAAGGUUUGAUGUCUCUGGUGAUUUUAAUACUAGGAGAUACUAAAGAAAAUAGACUGGAGUAGUGUACCUUUACUUAGAAUAGCCAUAUAUCUUGAGAAUUUACAUUUAAUUGACAUUUUAAACUUGCUGUAACUGAACUAAUAUCACGAGCAGUACAGUAUGUUUGACACUGUACAAUAUUGGUACUAACCAGUGGAAAAUGUUUUUAAAGUGUUCUUUUUCUUUCCAGUAAAAAAUUUAUCCAGUUC